CGAAGAUACAACCUAAGCUGUGAGCAUCCCGAGUCACAUUCACAACCACAUCCGCAACAAGGCCACAACAAAACAGCAGCAGCACCUACAACAGACAGCUUAAAGCGAAAGCAACAGCAGGAAGAGGAGCAAGGACAGCCACAGGGAGCAGACGGGGCGCAUAACACGCCACGUUAUUUGUGCCCCGAGUGUCGCUUUAACAAUCAACCGUUGGCCUGGUGGGUCUCAUGUCCACGUCUCUCCUAUCUGCCAACUGAGCAGCAGAAGCAACAGCAGCAAGAGUCGACAGCAGCAACAGCAACAGCAAUGCAGCAACAACAACAGUCACAACAGCAGCAACAGCCAGCUCGUCACUGCCAUGGCACAAAUCUGAAUUCGGCUACGCGUUUUCCACUUCAAGCGACAGCCAAGCAGCGGCAUUGUGACAAUUUUGGUAGCUAUGCCACUUUGCCCAGCAUCGAACAUCAGCAGCAGCCGCAGCAGCAGCAACAGAUGCAUCAUGCACCCUGCAGUCGCCAUUGCACAGCAGCUGCAGCAGCAACAUUGCCACCACAUCCUGAGCCAGCUGCUCGCUGGUAUGCGGCCAGCACUGUCAAUCCCAAUCCUUGCUGUUACAUGUACAAUCCCACGCCACACUAUGCCCCUCCGCUCUGCCUCUGCGAUAAUUGGUAUCACCAGCAACAGCAGCAGCAACAGCAUCAACAGCAGCAACAUCAUCUCCAUCAUCAGCGUGGCUUUCCAGCAGGGCCAAAGCCAUUUAUGCCCAAUGGCGGCUGCUACUUGGGCUUUGAAGGCCAUCAUCCCAGUCAUAUUACGGAUGAGGAGGAUUCGGCGUUUCCAGCGCUUGCUGAUCGAGAAUUUCAUUUGUUGCAUCGCAAUAUUCCCGCCUUGAGGCGCACAGGAGUCGACACAACGCGUAUACGACAGUAUUUUUACCCGGACGGCGGCUGGGGCUGGAUCAUAUGCGGCGUGUCCUUUCUGGUUCACAUUCUGACCACGGGUCUGCAACUGAGCUAUGGUCUGCUGCUAUUCUAUGCGGUGCAGCAUUUGCAUAAUACAAGUGGCAUCGAGCUGCUGGGCGCUUUGAGUUGGUCAAUUUCAAUGCUCGCCAUUCCGUUUGUGGUGUCGCUGUGUCGCAAGCGAUCCAUACGCUUGCUAUCCAUUGUCGGUGGUCUCGUGAUGCCGCUGGGCAUUCUGUUUACAUCAUUUGCCACGGAAUUCGGUCAGGUUGUUUUCAGUUAUGGCAUCGUGUUUGGCAUUGGCGUUUCUAUGGUGCGAGAAGCCUCCACAGUGAUGCUGGGCAAUUACUUUAAGCGUCGGCGGCAAUUCGUCGAAAUGGUGGCCAUGUCCGGCGAGGGAGUCGGCAUCGCAUUGUUCUCCGUCAUCCUAAAGGAGGGCGUUGGCAAGGCUGGCUGGCGCCUAGGUCUUCAAAUUGUGGCCGCUCUAACGGCGCUCAGCUUUUUCAUGGGUCUCAUGUAUCGACCCGCAUCCCUCUACCAUCCGCAGCGACGGGCCAUUCAGCACUUGAAAAAUCAACGCAAAAAGCUGAGGGAAAAGAAACCAAAACUGACCCAUGAGGUCGAGUCGCCUAGUCGAUAUUUAUUUUUGGACAUAUCAUCCCUCAAAUCGGUAACAGUUAAAAUCCUUCUAAUGACCUCCAGUGUCGCUGCAUUCGGCAUCUAUACGCCCAUGUUCCUCAUGGCUCUCAAUGCCGCCAAGGAGGGUUCCGAUGUGCAGGAGCUUGUGCUGCUGCAAACCUUUCUCGGCAUCUCCAUGGCUCUAGGCGUUGUGCUUGCAGGCGCUUUGCUGCGUCGCUGUUUUGUCAUCAAACACUUUGUGAUCAAUACCAAAAUCGUUACUCAGUUCUUUAUUGCCAUUGUUGCACUGGCCAUACUCUUUCUCUCCUUUGUCAUGGGCUACAAGGGUCUCUGCAUACUCAGUUGGCUUUAUGGCAUCGGCUUGGGCGGCUUUCAAUACUCACUUAAAAUUCUGGCACUGGAGCGCAUCAAACUUAAGCACUUUUCAAAGGCUUGGGGCUUUAUACGUGGCGUGAAAUCGGUGCCCGUAUUAAUUAGCGUGCCGCUCACCUCGUUCCUCAACGAUUAUUCCCUCAAAUACGGACGUGCUGGCUACUAUAUUUGCUCAGCUGCCGCUGCUAUCUCCGGCAUCAUUAUCUUCUUCAUUACCGAGCCACAGGAGCAACAGCAGCAGCAACAGCAGCAGCAGCAACGCGGUCAUCUCAAUGGACAUCUGCCCACGCCCAUGUUGAUGCGUCACUCAUCGGCGCGACAUCAUCGUCCACAGCUGGCGAUGGACUAUGGUGGCUAUGGCGAGUAUCCGGCACCCGAUCUGCUCAGUCGCAGCUGCAUGAGUCUCAAUCAAAUGGAGCCCUAUCUGCAGGCCAACAACAGCAGCAGUUCCAACUAUUGCCAACGUCAUAUGCACCAUCAGCAGCAACAGUUGCCACCGCCGCCACCGCCACAGCAAUCGCAUGGUCAUCAGGGGCUGCAUCAACAUCUGCAGCAGCAGCAACAACAUCAUCAUAUGACGCCGCAACAUCAUCCACAGCAGCUCACCUGCCACAAUCUGGACAUGCAACAGACACGCUCCCCCUACCAACUGGGUCAGGGCAGCAUUGGGGCCAAGAUGGGCAAACGACUGCAGCGGAGUCUCUCGUUCAUCCAGCAGCACAACUGCUGCGAUGGCCAGAUGUACUGCAGUUGGCACAGCACCUAUGAGCUCGGAUGCCGCAAGUCGCCCAAAUCUCAGGACAGGCAGCAACUCAUCUGUACUUGCAGCAGUCCCCCAUCCACCACCUAUGGAGGAGUCGGAGUUGGAGUUGGAGCUGGAAGUUCAGCGCGUAGUCGGAGUGUGCCGGAGGGUUUGUCGACCAUGUCGCAGCAGUGUAACUGCCGUCAUGGGGCAGGCGUGCCAACCGCAGCGCCCUCGCGCGAGUUUAUCUACGUGCCACACGCCUACGCAUCAUUGCAGCGCACGCCACAUCGACAGAGUCGUCAAACAGGAGGAGCAGCAGCAGCUGGCACAGGAGCAGGAGCAGGAGCAACGGGAGCAACUAACAGCGGUUGUUCGGCAACGAGUCGCAAUCCACAGUGCCGACUAAAACGCUCGCAAUCGCUGUGCCGACCCGUUCACUUUGUCGAGCAAAUCACCACCUCCGUGUAGAGUAAAGAGCGAGGGUUAGCCAAACCCUUGGUAGAGUAGCAUAUUUUGUAGUAGUCGUCGUCGUCGUCGUGCAAAGUUACGUGAAUCGAAUUCAAAUUGUCACAAAGAAAAAAAUGAGAAAAAAAAAACGAACACACAUCUUUUCUAGUCUUUUGUCGUAGUUAGUAGCACGCAUAGUCCGAAGUCCGAAGUUCGAAGAAUGAAAGUGGAAUGGCGAAACUUGUAACUGAAAAACCCACAAAAAAAAAAACACACACAAAAACGCAACUCGAUGAAUUUUUAACUAUAAAACCUUUUAACAAUUUCUACACAUAAAUAACCAAAAACUUAAACCGUAAAUCACACACACACAUGCAUACACAAAACAGUUGGCGAAGGGCAAACGAAAAGCUUUAUCAUUGUCUCGACACAAACACACCCACAAAAAUGUAUUGCAAUUAACUUGGCAACAUUUUCAUAUUACCCAAAAGGCAAAAGCGCAACAAUAAAACGCAAAUAUUAUGCGUAUGAGUAAACAAAAACAAAGAAUCAAAGAAUCGGGCAACAUACACGUCGUAUACUUUAUGUACUAUAGCAAAGAAUGAAAGCCCGAAGGGGAGGGGAAAACAUACACACAUACAUAUAUUAAAUGGUCCAUUUUAACAACGUACACAAACAAUUUAUCCACCGAUACCAAUACGAUAUAUACUCGACUCGAUUCGACUCGAUUUGAUUCGACUUGCACUCAGAUCGAGGCCGUCGGCACAGUUUUGCACUGUGUGCGUAUACUUUAUUUUUAAAUGAAAAAUAUGCGUAUUACUUAUACACAAGCGAAUUCGAUGUAAUAGGAACAACACUUUCUGCCAAUAUACCAUUCGUUGUGGGAUUGAGCCUUAUUUUAAUACAAACACAAAGAGAAAAACAAAAUACAAAAAACACUUCAGUAAUUAUAAUCGAAUAUAUUGAAUGCGUAUUUUAAACUACAUUUGGCAGCAAUAGCAAAAUAACAAUAAAAAAAACAACACAACAAUUUUCUGAAUCGUAUUUACAAACCAUUUGGCCAUAAAACAAUGAAUCAACCGCAAUUGCACAAUGUGCAUAAAUAAGUAAUAUUAAUAAUAAUAAAUUGGUUGGAAAACUCAAAAAUAAUAAUUACGUGGGACAUAUGUGCAAAAAUGAAAUUAAAAAAAAAACUUGUUGAAUUGCAAAUUCAACCGAAAAUCAAUAAAGCAUAAAUUUCAAUUAUAUUUAAAUAAAUUAUUAAGUAAUAAAUUCAUUAAAUUAAUGAAUAAUUAUAACUCAAUAAAACGAAAAUUAAGCCAUUUUAUAAAAUUCUAGACUUAGGAUCGGCAAGGUCGAUGCGCAAUUAUCCUUGCAGAGCAGAGCAGAGAUUCAAUUAUCAGGCAAAUUUUCUCAUAAAUUGCAAUUUAAUAACUAUUUAUUUCAUUCGAUAAUGUAUGUUCGUAUGUGGUCAAUUAUUUGGCAUUGUCGAGGUGCUAGAAACACAAUGAAAUUAUUCAAAACACAUUAUUUAUUUAUCGAUCACAAACUCUCUGCAAGGAUUCAGUUAUCUGGGGGGAGGCAUAAGAAAUAACGAGAUAAGGAAUAAGAUUGCCUUGAGCAACUAACUGCCAUAAUCUGCAAUAAAAAUGCAAAAUUAACUAUGUGAAGCUCAUAAACAUGAACAUCAUCAAAAUCAUAAACAUAAAAUAAACUCGACACUCGAAAGCAAACUCAGCUCAGCUCAGCUCAGUUGCGUUGCGUUGCGUUCAGUUCGGCUCAUAAAAUCUAAUUAGCCAUAAAUUCUUUCUGCGUUUGAGAAACAAACACGUACAAAACUGUCUAACAAAAUCUGUAAACAAUUUCAAUAACUGCAACUAUUUUCACUGUGUGGCGUGUUCGCUGAAAAGUUUUGCAUAAAUUAGGCAUAAAUUGUGCUAAGCUUACACACAUGAACACACACACACACUCACACUCUUCUCACUCAAACACAACCACAAAUCAUGCAUAUCUAAAUGCCCUAAUCUAAACAAAACAAAAAAAAAUGUUUAAUUACGAAAAAUACUAUUUCAAUUUGUCGCAAACUAUUUAACUUAAGAUACAAUUGUAGCUAAAUGAAUUUUGCAAUGAGAUGAACAUCUAUUAGAUAUGGAAAAUUGAAGAGUAGUAAAAGCAAAAUACAAAAUACAAAAUUUGUAACUCAUAAAUUCGAAAAUACUUUAAUAUGAACUUUGUAACUCCUUAUCAUUAGUAGUUUAGUGAUAAAUGUUAAUAAAACGCAACAUGCAAAUAAACGACAAUGCAAAUUGUAAUUGAAAACCUUUUCCUACCCACGCACGCAUGGACAGAAAUAGACUUAGGGUUAACCACAGCAUUAACCACAGCAUGGAUGAAAGGAUUUGGAUGAUGGUGGGGCGGGAUUUCAAUGGACCGCAAUAAACUUUCAUUUAUUACGUGCUAAAAAUUAAUAAACUCUUGGCCGAAAAGUUCAACAUUUGAGACCAACGAUGUCAUAUUUCAUUUAUUAAUUAAUGGCAUUAACAUAAAGCGUCAAUUUGUGUCACCAAAACUCACACACACACACACACGCUCGCACAGAAGCCCCUUCUAAUACCGGUGCGAAUUAAAAACUUUGCUGAGCUUCUGAUGCGAUGUCAGAAUGAAGCCACGUUUUAUAAUAUGUACCAGAGUACAUAGCACCCGAGGCGCCAUUAUGAGACGUGCCUAGACUGCAAACAGUUGAACAAAGAGCAGCAAGCAACAAACUACGACAACAACGAUAACAACUGGAGCAGCAGUCUGCUGGGAUGGAAGAAGCAACAACAACAACAGAACGGCGUCAAUGACAUGCUCAAUUUUUCAUGCAUUAUGCUGGCGCACUACUGUGCGUAUGCUUAAUAUUUGCCUGAUAUUGACUCGAGCACAAAGCACAGUUAAGCUUCGAAUAUUUGCCAUGUAAGCAGCAAACACACACACACACACCCAGACAGACACGCACACUAACACAAGCACAGACACAGCGAGAAGCGGGAAGCCCUAAAGCCAGCCUAAAAUGCAUAAGACAAUUUGUGCUGCCUGCCAAAGUCUAUAUAAAUGUCUUACGACCGUACUAA